AAGACAAAAAACAGCAAUACUACGCUUCUCUACUGCGCAGACUCACACACGGGAAGAGCCAGUAGGUCUCGCUUCCCACGGAGGAUUUUCAAGUCUCCUUAUAAAGCUCUUAGGAGCUCAUCACCACCAGUAAAGCUGUAUAAGCACCGGGUUGACGGGACCGAAGGAAGUGGCGCGUCGUACGGGGAGCUGCCUGCUGAAAUCGCCAUGAGUUACAAACCCAUUGCUCCUGCGCCAUCUGGCUCCAACCACACACCUCCAGGCUCCUCUGUGCCCUCUCCAUCCCUACCCUCGUCAUCCAACUUUAGACCGGCUUUUAGUGACUUUGGCCCACCCUCAAUGGGCUUUGUUCAGCCUGUCAAAGUGUCUCAGGGAUCCACCUACAGUGAGCUUCUGUCUGUCAUUGAGGAGAUGAGCCGUGAGAUCAGGCCUACAUACGCUGGCAGCAAGAGUGCUAUGGAGAGGCUAAAGAGAGGUAUAAUCCACGCCCGUGCACUGGUCAGGGAGUGUCUUGCAGAGACGGAGAGAAGCGCCCGCACAUAACCUUUUCGAAAGCUCCGUUCACUCCUCCACUGUAGAAGCCUGUCCUCAUCAAGAUCCCCAUUGUCUGUUUUACAACCAUUGCAUUUCACCACACACACCUUUUAUGUGAACUGUGGGGUGUAUGCAAAAUGCAGUUUUGUAUCUAUUUUGAAAAACAAGCGUGGGGAAUUUCAACACGUUUAAGUUGAGCUGUGACUAAAACCUUAGUAAAAUAGAUGGGGAUUUAAACUUUUUUUUUUUUUUUUUUUUUUUUUUUUUUUUUUCUUUUUUCCGAUAAUGGCAAUUGACCAUUAUUUCUUUUUACUUUCUAAAUGACAUCAAAGUCCCAGCUGCAUUGUGCUAAAGUUUCUAUUCUGAACACCACUCUGCAACUACUGAAUAGUUUUGUUAAUCUGAGCAUUUUGAAUAUACCCCAUUUCCAUCCACACUUUUUUUUUUUAUCCUAUUUUGUAGUGUAAACACAGAUGUUUCUCAAUCCCAACAACUCUGUACAUCAAGUCAAUUUGUUGGUAUGAAAAUUUUGUAAACCAGAUUUUUGCAGUUCUGUAUGUAUAUCUUAAUUAAAUAACAGAAAAAAAACA